GUACGCACGUACGCACGCAUACACGUAUCGGCACUCGAUGCCGCGGCUGUCUCACGGUAUUUUCUGUGAGAAAAGAAAAAAAAAAAUUUAUUCUUCCGCGAGAAAAAGAGAGAAAAACGGAGAAGACGAGAGAGCCUCGUCGCUGCACAAUUUUGUUUCGCGUUGCGCGUGCAUGGAAACGAAAGUGAGGAGGGAGACUUUGUCGAGAAGGGGGAUGGUGGUAGAGUAAGGAAGAGAGAGAAACGGAGUGAGAGAGAGAUGGCGACAGAGGGGGGUCGGCACGAUUGACAGUUGGUAGUUAGUGUCGCUUCCUCGAUACGCGACGGCGUUGCUCAGCCACGUUGCGUUCGCUCCUAGUAAGAUUCUCCGAAGUAUCCGAAGGGAGCCGAGGGGAACGGGAAGAGCGCGAGAAAGAGGGGAGGGAAGAAAUUAACGUCCUCGAGAAGGGAACGCGGGUACGCGUGCGUCUACGAAACCGCCGGCCUUAGCUUAGUUUACCUUAAACCGCGCGUUCCGCGAAUGGGAGGGAUCGUUUGGGAAAUCGAGGAUAAUCGUUGAUCGAGAUCGAGAGCGUUUAAAGGAAGAGAAAGAAGGACAGGGAUCGCGAGGAAUCUCGUAACGUAUCGGGACGCCGCGUUUAUUUACACGUGAACUCGCACGAUCGUGUGCUAGCAGGACGCAGAAAUUCCUUGGAUAAUUACUGAAGGAAACUGUUCGAGGAGAUUGCCUGAGAGAAUACAAGACUACGCAACGAAUUCUUUUCGACUAAUUAUUCGACAAAAUCAUAAGAAAAGAUAAUAUAUCCAAGAAAGAGAGGAUAUCCUGUAGGAUUAAGAAAAAGCGGAAACGGCGAGGAUAAAAAAAGAAUUUAGAGAGAGAGAGAGAGAGACGGAAACAACGACGGGAAGAGCGACAAAGACGCGUGCUGUCUUCUCCCUCCCCCGCAUCGGCGAGUUUUUAUUACUCGCUCGCUAAAAUGAUUCACACGAGCUCGUGAAUCAAAAGCCGCCGAUCUCUUCGCAGGAGGAAUUGGAACACGUCGAGGACUCGUCGGCAACUCGUCCAGCGUGGUUCGGUGACCUAUCUCGCACGCAGAGCCGAGGGGAAGGAAGGACCCCCGGCGGGGAUACAGAGGGUUACGGAGAGAAAGAGAGGCAGUAAAAGAAGGGCAGGGUAGGAGGGAGAGAAAAAACGAGAGAGAGAGAGAGAGAGAGACAAAGAGAGGGGGCAACAGACGGAGGGAAGCAAAGCGGCAGAGCACCGGGAGAAGGCGAGACGGAAGACGGAGGAGAAAAAAAGGAGGGAACGGUAGAGGAGGCAAGCCGCGUGGACACAACCGUGCACGCUCGUGUCUCUCUCUCUUGUUUCGUUUUGCUGCUUUCGUUCGCGCGAGAACGCGGUGGAUGAGCUACGCUCGUUAGUGCCGGUUGAUGGUACUAGUCUUCGUGGUCGUCGUUGAAAUUCCUACGUAACGGGAAGGAGAGAGGUGACUUUGGACCGUCUAUUCGCACGUGGUGCUCGUGGCCGUGGUGGUAGUAGUAGUGGCGGUGGUGGGUGGCUGUUUGACAGCACGCGGUGAUACCUCUCGUCUUCGAGAUCGGCAGAUUUUCCGCCGUCAACGUCGGUCCCCUCGUCGGCAACGAUAGCUAGACACCGACGCGAUCAUGUAUAAGCUACUGGCAGAUUUGAGCCGUUACUUGAAACGGCAGGAGAUUAUUACGGAUUCUAUGGUGUUUCGGAUGCACAACCACUUCACCACGGUGCUGUUGUUCGCGUGCUCGAUAGUGCUCACGGCCACCCAGUAUGUCGGUAAUCCGAUCUCCUGCAUCGUCCAGGGCCUGCCUACGCACGCCAUCAACACUUACUGCUGGAUAACUUCCACCUUCACUAUGCCGGACGCGUUCAAUCGACAGGUCGGCGUAGAAGUCGCUCAUCCAGGAGUAGCCAAUGAUUUCGGAGAUGUCGAUGCGAGGAAAUACUACACGUACUACCAGUGGGUCUGUUUCGUGCUGUUUUUCCAGGCGAUUUUAUGCUAUGUGCCGCAAUGGCUGUGGAACUUAUGGGAAGGUGGUCUGAUGAACGCGCUGGUCAUGGGAAUGAAUCACGGUAUGGAUACCAACGAAAAUAUCACGAAGAAGAAAAGCGCUCUCAUGGAUUAUUUAGUACAGCACAUUAGGAGUCACAACACGUACGUGUAUCGGUACUUUGCCUGCGAGAUUCUAUGCCUCAUCAACAUAUUCGGUCAGCUCUAUCUGAUGAAUCGAUUCUUCGACGGUGAGUUCUUCAGCUACGGUCUGCGAGUGCUGCAAUUUUCGGACACGCCGCAGGAGGAACGUGUCGACCCCAUGGUCUACGUGUUCCCACGUGUCACCAAGUGCAUCUUCCACAAAUAUGGUGCCUCGGGCACGAUACAGCAGCACGAUUCCCUCUGCAUACUGCCGCUAAACAUCGUUAACGAGAAGGCGUACAUCUUCAUUUGGUUCUGGUUCUUCAUACUGGCCAUCAUGUUGAUCGGUCUCUUGGUGUACAGAGCGAUGAUCAUUUUCGCGCCGAUGAUACGACCGAGGCUGCUGCACCUAUCGACGAGAAUGCUGCCGAUCGAGACCUGCCAGAGCGUCAGCAAGAAGGUCGACCUUGGUGACUGGUGGAUACUCUAUGUCCUCUCGACCAACAUGGAUUCUCUCCUUUACAGGGAUUUCCUUAUGGAGUUCACGAAGAAGAUGGCUAAUACUACUAAUUCGAAGUCCGUGAGCGCGUAAACGCGGCCUCUUAGACGCGUAUUCUGACAUAGUUUGCGCCCGCACGCUGAUGCAUAGUAUACGCGUAUGUAUAGUACGAGAAAAUUACUUAGUUUAAAACCGAUAAAUACGGACUGAUGUUCGCACCUCGCGAUGCGCACUUUUUUCUGAUCGCGCGUCCCAGCAAAUAUUUUCGCGCCAUUGCGCUAGGAUAGGCACACAUAGAUAUAUGUAUUUUCGUAUAGUUUAGGAUUACCUUCUAAAACGCGUAUAGAUAAGAAAUAUUAUUAUUUUUCAAUCGUUUAUUUGUUGAAAAAUUGGAAGGGUGUUCUGAGUCAUCUUGUAUAUAAUUAAUCUUUUCCAAGUUAUCAUUCUUUAACAUUUUAGACACGUGUAUCUCAACUUUUUCGCAUUCAGCGGAAAAUUUUAUAUCACGCAUAUCUGUAUUUUGCUCAAACGAAUAAUUCAAUUAAUAUAUGUAUGAUACGCAAGUUGCUUGGAAAAGAUUAAUGCAAUAAGAUUAUACUCAGUCUCGAAUGAGAUUUUUAGUGAAUUAGUUUUAUAUUUAGGAUAUUUAGCACGUAAAGCGCGCGCGCUAAAUAUAAAAUGGAACACAACGAUCCAUUCAAAGAACAGUAUUUUAAAAAAAUGAUUCCAACGCAAUAUCUUGACGCAUGAACAACGUAAAUGGAGAUUUAGUUCAAUAUUGUAGCACACCCGUCAUGUAUAUAAUAUAAUAGACACAUAAAGGGUGUUUUCGUUUUAAAUAUUCUUUCAUUAUUAAAAGCAGAAUGACAAUACGAAAACGUUAUGUGAUUCAUAAUUAAUUUUUCUUUAUUUCUAAACAGAAUUAUGGUUUGUUUACUGUAUAACAUUUUUUUUCUUUGUCUUUAAGAGUUAAGAUAUUAAGUCUUAUGAUUCGAGAUGAAUUCCUUUGUCGAUACUCUAUGAGUUAAUUUCAUAUAUUAAAGGAUAACUUGGGAUUUUCUUUUAUAAACGCAUCUACACGUCUGAGGACCAUUACUAUUUUGCUUCAUGAACGAUUAAUUUAAUUGUGUAAAAACCAUACAUUUAUACUAUCCUCGUUCACCAGUUGCUCAAAACGUAAUGACUCUCACUUCAUUCCCACAGUCAUGUUCGAGAUUUUGGUUCGUCGAUCGUGACGACCUUGGAAGAAGUGCAGCGUGUAAUCUAAUGGUUAACAUCGGAUCAAACGAUUUCCGCUGCUUGUUUGCAUAAAACGACCGAUGAAUUUGCGAUUUAUCGUGAGAUGCAUGUUACGAACUUGUGACGUUCUUAGCGAAUGUUUAUUUAUCCGACAGUUUGUUUACCAGUGAUAUAUGCAUCACUGUUGUUCCCUAUAUGUCAAUUAUGAGAGAAGAGGCUACAUUAUAGAAAAUUACGCAAUUUGGCGCAUACAAAUAUUCGUUGACUAUAAUACAUGUUUCACAGUACUCUCAAUUUUAAUUUUAGCGAUAUAGUUUAGCAUCGACCUUAUCCACUUUGGCAUCGAUUUUUCCAUAAGCUCACUAAAUUUUUUUGAUUUAUUUUUAUAUAAAGAUAUAAAUUUUUGUGAUCUCUUGAAUAUUAGGCAGUUGCAAAUAAAAGUGAAUAAGAUAUAUCUUUAAUAUUUCUAAGAAAAAUCGAUUGUAAGUUUGUCGUAGAACCUGUCAUCUAAAUUAAGGUCGAGGAUUUUAGUAUUACAUAUAUAGAAAAUAUAUGAUAUUAUAUACAGCAUAUCUCUAUUUAAAACAUAUCUUUUUCUUUGUAAUUGACGAAGAACGAAUUAUUCUCGCAUUGAGCCACAUCCAGGCGCAUUCACGCGUGCGCGAGUUUGUAUGAUACUUUCGCUGCCAGACGAUUGCGUCAUCUUGGACCGCAAGAAAACCGCGAUAUGGCCUAGCACGACUGGUAAUGGUGACUGUACGAAGAUCGCGGUGACCAAAAGUAUGCCUCUUUCGUGCGUAAAGAAGCAUUUUUAUUUUAAUCAAUUCAGAAUUCAUCCAUCGGUCACACUUAUAUAUGUGCAUAUUUUGUAUCUAUUAACUUAUGUAAGAUGUGAUAAAUAAUGGUAACGCUCGAGAGAUUAAAAAAGAGUAGAAGUCAUUAAGGAAAAACAAGAAACUUUAUUGCCGACUUGUUUGUUCUCGAGCAUCGGUGCACUUUGUGCAAGAUUUUUUUUGCCCAUUUGUGUUCCACGGACAACACGUGUUGUCGAGAUAAGACUUCCACUUAUUGUUAGAAUCGUGGAUUUCGUCCCCGUUUAUAACUUUUUAGAAUAUAUAUGUAUGUUAUAUAAGCCUGAUUGUAUAUCUAUACGAGUAAAGAUGUGUAAAGAUUAAAUUCUGAACAAUUUAGACAUCAGAGUUUUUUCUGCUUCCGCCGUAUACGGGACAAUGCGGAGAUUUCAACGCCACGCUUGUCGAUACGCGACCCACCGUUAAGGUCCCUACACACCGACAUUCAGAUCACAUUUAUGUGGCUAAAAAUUUAUAAAAUAAUUUCACAAUGUGUGAUGAUUGCCCAAGUAAUUUUAAAUAAAUUUUUGCAACGCGUCAUCUUUCUAUGAAGAACAGAAAACCAAAUAUGAUU